AUGGAGAUGAUUAUGACCCGCGCGAAAGGGCAAGUGUACACAACUGAUGCCGCUCGGUUUGACGAGGAGGCGCGCGCCGAACCUGAUGUGAAUGAGGAGCUGCGCAUCAAGGCGGAGAGUCAGAAGGCGAUUGCAGGGGUUUAUCAGAAGGAGAACGGGCGCCUCGCUGAAGAAAUGAAAAGCGCCCUGGUGCUUUUAACGCACCUUGCUAAGAAGGUCCAGCAAGUGGACCAGUCGCAGCUCGACUGGAAGAAAUACAUCAAGGAAGCUUGCGACGAUUUCCUGUUCAAGCAGGAGACGCUCAACCUCAACCCCGACUCUGAAACCAUGCUCAAUGCUUUGAUAAGGAAGGCGGGAUACACCCCCGAGUCACCCGAAGGACUGCAAGUGGCUGCGAUUGCCAAGUCCCAGGGCAAGCUCAAGGAUGCGAGCGAGCGGUUCAACGACCGUAUUGGGAAGAUUUACCGCUUCUGUCGCUGUUACGGUUUGAGCCGUGAGCCUUGCAUCUUCAUGAGGGAAAAGCGCACCCUUAAGGGCGAGCUUACCUUCGCCGAGCUCGAGGACUUCGCGAAGCUUGUUUUUGGGCACCUAGUGGCAUGUGUGGGAGGGCACGCCGUUCUCCAGUCCAGGCGCUGCCGCAGCGGCAAGGCGACCGUGACGGUGCGCGUCAUUGGCGCGACGAGCACGGACAAGCAGAUCUCGCUCUCCCCCGUCUCCUGGUCCAAGAUCGUGCAGGGAUCCGACCCCGUUAGCGUCACGUACAAGCGCACCAACUGCCAUUCCACCCUCGGAUCCGCGGUGCGCGUGCGCUCAACUCGACGGCGGGGCACUUCAACAUUCGUGGGUCUCGCCGGCCCCGGUACGCUCAAGGCGGUCGAGAUCAGCGCGGACGGAAAAGAAUGGGAGAAGCUGACGCGCGACGGCAGCAAGGCGAUCUGGGGGAUCAAGGGCAAGGAGGCGAAGGAGGUUGUGGGCGCAAAGAAGGCGGUGAGCGUUCGGCUGACUGCGGGACACACGCUGGAGAAGAUUACUCUCGACAAGGUCAUUCCCGCCGACUGGAAGCCGCAGACGCUCUACUCGAGCAAGACCAACUUCAAGAAGCUCAUGGCCGAGAGCAAGUAA